GUGAUCAAUAUGUCCACGUGACCUGUCGUCAAGUCGCGACUGGCGUAAUUGCAAGUGCAAAAUGUCGAGAAACGUUGCUAUACAAUGAAAUCAUAAAUAUUUUUUUCGUUUAUUCGUAGUGAUAUAGUUUUAACAUGCCUGCUUCAAUCGGUGUUAACUUGCGUGUCACUGGCCAUUGUAGCCAAGGCGGGAGAAAGUACAUGGAAGACUUGUUUUCCGUUGCCUAUCAACAAACGGAAGAUGAGAGGGAUUUGGAGUACGCUUUCUUCGGGAUUUACGAUGGACAUGGCGGGAGCGAAGCAGCAGCCUUCGCCAAAGAACAUCUUAUGGACUCUAUUGUAAAGCAGCGGCAGUUUUGGUCGGACAACGACGAGGAUGUAUUAAAAGCAAUCAGAAAUGGUUACAUGUUGACCCACUUGAACAUGUGGAAAGAAUUGGAAAAAUGGCCAAAGACUGUGACAGGUCUGCCAAGCACAGCAGGCACAACUGCCAGUAUAGCUUUCAUUCGAAGAGGAAAGAUUUACAUUGGCCAUGUCGGAGACUCUGCAAUUGUGCUGGGAUAUCAGAAAGAAGGUUGCGAAGAAUGGGCAGCAAAACCCUUAACAUCAGAUCACAAACCUGAAUCCACAUUGGAAAUAGAACGUAUUCAACGUUGUGGGGGCAAAGUGGUCUCCAAAGCUGGUGUACCUAGAGUUGUAUGGAAUAGACCACGCAUAGGUCACAAAGGGCCCAUAAAGAAGAACACACCUAUGGAUGAAAUACCAUUCCUGGCAGUGGCCCGAUCUUUGGGCGACUUGUGGAGUUAUAAUCCUCAAAAUGAUGAGUUCAUAGUUAGUCCAGACCCAGAUGUAGGUGUCUUGACUAUAGACCCAUCUAAAUUUAGGUGUCUAAUAUUUGGGACAGAUGGAUUAUGGAACAUGAUAUCGCCGGAAGGCGCAGUGAGUCUUGUGCAAGCCACGGAGCGUCAUAACGAAGCUGCCCUUGUUGGUGGCAGUGGGAACCAGCCUCGGGAUUGGCUUAAUCCUUCCAAGAGUUUAGUGGACCAUGCUUUGGAGAGAUGGUCUAACACUAGAAUGCGCGCCGACAACACGUCAGUUGUGACAUUGAUGCUGGAUCCGCCAGGUCCUCCGCGUGCUACUGUGCUUCGAUCGCGAACAACGCAAAAGCCUCAGUCCUCAGUCCCGGUUGGGCCACUUGCUGGACCCGGCCAAACCCACCAACAAAAACCAGAGGAAAAAACAGAAACUCACACCGAAUCAAGCAGUAAUCAAGUUCCACAGAAUGGUCUCACUAUAAUGACUAGGUAUUCCGACGUCGACAAGCCAGCCACGUCGCCGGACUUGCCGGAGCGGACGCCCCUGCCGCCGUGCGCUACCCUCGACGGGCGUUUCUCGCUCGGACCCCAAGACGAACCCCAGAAGGAAGACGAGGACGCCGACGCUAUAACGAACUACGGCAACCCUGCCGAGUCAUACUUCAUGGCGCGACUGCUCAAUCGGACUCGAGUUGUGAACACCCUUUGCGACGUGUACGAUGAGAUCGUAAACGGACGAUCGCCGAAAGCGGCAUCGGAGCCGCGCGAGACGACCCCCGAAGCGACCGCGCUACCCGAGGUCAGCGACGCGCCGCGGCAACGCAGUCCCGAGAAGGAGGUGGUACCGGCCGAUGGCACCGGCGGCACCGACGUCAAAGAUGCGCCUCAGCGCCGCGACAAGGACGACGUCGGCAUUCAGAUCAACGAAGUGUCGUCGAGCUCGCCCACGGAGGGCCCGCCGCGCGUUAAGGGUCGCCGGCCCAAGGCGGAGCCGCGCCGCGACGCGCCCGCGCCCAACGACAGGGUGCUGCGCUCGCACCACGAGUUCUUGACUCAUCCCAAGGAUAACAACGAGUUAGCUGUCAAUAUAAAUAAAUCGUUGUAA